AUGUCAACAAAACGCAAAGCGCCGGUCAAGCUGGCCGCUCCCGUCUCUCGAACCAGCGCUCGAAUCCCAAACAAGUCCAUCAUCGACGAGUCAAAGGCCUCUAUCGCCGGCCCCGAUGCCCUCCAGACUUCACAGGUCGAGACUAUUGACAUCUCGUCCGACGCCGACAGCGACGAAGACCUUUCCGAUGCCGAGGGCCCUGGGGAAGCGCAGCAGCUCGCCAACGAAACUGCCGUGACAGCCGCUCGCGCCAAGACUACUAAGCAAAAGACCAAUGGCCAGUCUAAUGACGAGGAUUCCGAUGCUGAGGCUACGUCGCCUUCAUUUGGAGAGCUCCUCCGCGCCGAGAACGACAUUAUCGAUGUGCCCUCUGCUCUGAACGGCGCAAUCUCUCAGCCUACGCGAAACGCCAUUGCGCCCCCAACCCACCAAUCUCUCACUACCGUUCUCUCCCAGGCCCUCCGCACCGACGACACAGAUCUCCUCGAGUCUUGUCUGCAUACCACCGAUCUCCCCACUAUCCGCAACACCAUUGAGCGUCUCGACAGUAUCCUAGCUGGCUCUCUCCUAACCAAGCUCGCCGCGCGCCUGUACCGCCGUCCCGGCCGCGCUGGCAACCUCAUGACCUGGGUUCAGUGGACACUAGUCGCCCACGGUGGUGCCCUAGCAUCGCAGCCCAAGGUCAUCCACAGCCUCAGCGGUCUGCAAAAGGUCCUCGCCGAGCGUGCAAAGGGUCUGUCAAGCCUUCUCGCCCUCAAGGGCAAGCUCGACAUGCUCGAAGGCCAGAUGGAUAUCCGCCGCAAGAUGUCCCGCGGCGCUGGUCUCCACAACAGCGGCGAGUCGGACUCUGAGGAAGAUGACGACGAGGAUGUUAUCUGGGUCGAGGGCGAGGAUGAAGCUACUCGGACACCAGGCCGAAGGCGCGGGCUUGACACCGACUUCGACGAUUCAGACGACGAUGUUCCUAUCACCAACGGCUUUGUUGGAGACUCUGACGAUGAGGCGGAUUCGGCUGGCGAGGAGGAUGAUAGCGAUGCUGAGGAGUCCCUCGACGAGGACGAGGUCAACCAUGACGAUGUGGAUGAGUCCAUGGGCGAGGACGAGGAGAGCGAUGUCGAAGCCGCAGCCGCACCACCAUCCAAACUGCAAAAGACCGCCGGUAACUUCAGCAAGCGGAGAUGA